CUGCUCUGACGUGGGAGGUGAGGGGGGUGGGGGGUUGGAUGACUCACAGUGUUAUGAUGCAGUUCCACAACACACAGCCACAUUUACCCACAGACCGAGGUACAGAGCAAGAGGCAACCUCUGCCCCCCAGCAGCUGUCCAGCCUGCAGUCCCAGACCUCAGCCCCUCAACUACCCUCCCCCAAUCCCAUCCCCUUCCCAAUUGAAGGAACCAACAGAGAAGAGAGAAGAGUGAACAGAGAGAUUGAAAGAGAUAGACGGAGAUCUCUGGAGCAGACCUCAAGCUUCUCCUCUGCUGGACAGAGAAGCAGAAAGGGACAGGGAGGGAGGCGUGACAGUGACAGAAGGACAGGGCUAGGGAAGAAGAUAGCGGGAGGGGGCAAACCUGGCAUCUCCUGGUCCCUUGAAGUAGGUGUUUCAAGGUGGCACCUUGAGGUGAACUACAGGCAAACUUGAAGGAAGAUCAUGGAAGUGAUGCUGAACUGUAGCAAGAAGGGCCAGAAUACAAUGUCACCCUGAACUAAGCCCAAGGUGUCUUCCUGGGACUCAAGACAACAGUAGAGGACCAAAAACUGAAGAUGGUCUCACCCAGGGGGAUUUGUGGAGACUGCAUGACAGCCCUUCGAGACAGUAGAAGAAUCGGGUGCUCAUGGCCACCAUGGAGGACAGGAGAACAGACUGUUUAUGUGGGUAACUGAAGCUGUGCUGCCUCCUCUGCUUGGUGGUCUAGCAUCACGAGAGCACUUAGCGGGCAUCUCUGAAGGAGACACAGGCCACCCCACCUACAGCUGCAGGAUGCUCCACUAGAGAGGCAGAGGCACAUCACCUGCUUAUCGGAGUUAACAGAAGACACUUCCCUCCUUAUCCUCUGCCUGCAGUGCACUCAGCUACUUUGGGACUGGAGUGUGAGCAGAUCCCAGCGUCUCAGGAUUCUUAUCCCCGCAAUUAUCUCACUGUUGCUGUCCUGGCACUGGCAUUUGCUCUAGCUCCUGGGAGGAGAAAUGUUUUCUGCCUUGUGCCCUAAAGCCCAGCUUUUAAAAAUAAGGUGUCCCCUUACCCUGUUGUCUCCUAUUAAGGUUGCUCUCACUCUAUAGCACACAGCCCAGAAGCCUGGCUUCUGAUGUGCUGCCUACUUUCCACGGGCCUAGCUGUCAGACUUGCUGGAAGAAAGAUAAUUCUCCUCCUAGGGCUAGGUGCUUGUCUUUAACUCAGAGCUAAGGCAACGGUAAGUAAGUAAUGAGACCAGAGGACCAGAUGCUAGGAAGACAGCAAGUGCUCCCUCUAGUCUGGGAGCUGUAUCAUCCCAGGAUGCAGGAUUGAGGAACACCCAGGGUUAAGGUCUUCAAUACUGAAGAAGCUACCAAGUUCUAUGGAGUUCCAGGGCGCAGGACUCAACCGCAGGCGAGUGCCGAAACAGACUGUGUGUACCCAUCUGCCUGUCCCUCUUUCCUUCCUUCCCAAAAUAUGGGCAAAUUGUAUUGCAAAUGGAGGCCUUGAGACAGAAAAAACAAACAAGCUAAACAAACAAAUCCAACUUCCAGGAAGACCUGACUCUUAAAAAGGUUCCGAUCUCCUCCCAUUAGGGUGCAGUUCCUCACAGAACUGGACACAAGGUGGGCCUCUGCAGGUGAUGUUGCACUCAAGGCAGUGUCUGUGCCAGGAGGCAGCUCUCAAUGGAAAAUGCUAGAGGCUGCUACUGUCUCUGGAGAGAGAAAGGUACCAAAUCCCUGGCCAUGGCACAAGACGCCUGGAACCGCUGCCAGAACAGAAUGGGACUCUAGGGGACAGAAAGUGCAACGAGAGGCUGAGGGCUGGUGGUGAUGGGGACGGUGCAGAUGAACUGAGCCCCAUCUUCUCUAGCCAAUCAAAAGCGUCUCCUUGUGAAGUCCUACCUCCGCUGAUGCAUCUUCUUCUCUUGCCAGGUGACUUCCCAUUUCUAUCUGGUUCUCGUCUGGGGGGGGCCCUGGCAGGGCAGCCCCCCCACACUGCUACUGUCCUGAAACACGGCUCUAGCCAAUCUGCUCCGUUGCUUUACCUGCGACCGUCUCUGUGGGGGCUGCACCGCACCAGCCCCUCCAGCCCGCCAGGGCAUCGUCCUCCAACCCGUCAUGCCCAGCUGUGACCCUGGCCCGGCCCCCGCAUGUUUACCCACCAAGACUUUCCGCAGUUACCUGCCCCGCUGCCACCGCACUUACAGUUGCGUCCACUGUCGAGCACACUUGGCCAAACACGAUGAGCUUAUUUCCAAGUCCUUCCAAGGAAGCCAUGGCCGGGCCUACCUGUUUAACUCCGUGGUCAACGUGGGUUGUGGGCCAGCUGAACAGCGCCUCCUGCUCACAGGACUCCACUCGGUAGCUGACAUUUUCUGCGAAAGCUGCAAGACCACACUGGGCUGGAAAUAUGAACAGGCUUUUGAGACCAGCCAGAAAUACAAAGAAGGGAAGUACAUCAUUGAGAUGUCACACAUGGUGAAAGACAACGGCUGGGAUUGAGGGGCUCAGCAGCCUGUGACCCUCCUCCGCAUGCCCCACCCUCCUCACACCAGUCUCCUGGCCCUGCUGAGCAGUCCACACCAGCAUGAGUACUGCCCACCCCUGGGGAAACCUGGUUCCAAGUGACCUCCUCCUCCCUUCCCCCGUCACAGCAGUACCAGGUUCUUUGGAACAGGAGCCUGGGAUACCCCAGGGGUGUCUAAGGCUCAGGAGUGGGUAGCAGUCAGGGAAAUACAGAACAGGGGAAGGAGAGAACUGUGGCACCAGAAACCAAGUGAUGGCAGGGCGCAAACUCAGGCAGAUAGGACUAUGAAUUACCAAAUGUUGAUCAGCUUUUUUUUUUUUUUUUUUGAAUAAACAGGACAAACAUUGGUGGUGGGGCUAGACCACAGAAAAGCAAAGAUGGAGUGAAAUUCUGGUCUCAGAUAUCAGGGCCCCAGAGUCUGAGGGUAGUUUAUCCACCCCCCAUUCUUGGUUUAAAAAAAAUAAAGGAUCGGAUGGGGCCAAUAGAAGGAAAACCAAACCCUAGACCCUGGGAAUCAGUGACAGGGGUUUCCAUUUCACUCCACUGUUUACCUUAGCACUAAAGAGGCACUUUCAAGUAUCUAAUCUUUGCCAUUGGGUGGGGUGGGAAAAGCUGCUCCAAGAACAGCCCCCACCCCUAGCCGGCUGUUGCCAGAGAGAGCAGUCUUUACAGGCAUUCCCCAAGGCUCAGCCACUGCUCCCGAGGUCCCCGCCCUCUGGAGGAGGCGGAUCAUCAGCGCUGAGGGACCAGUCUUUCCUGUGACUGCCACCAGCGAACGAAACUUUUGUAUGAUACAUAAAGUGUUUUGGGUCUAUUUUUAAUAAAAAGGGGAAAAGCAACUGUGA